AUGGCAUCGAAUUUAUCUGAUAUAAUAGAAGCAACGAAUUAUUCGACUGCACCAACGAUAUCAUCAACAAGAAUGUAUAUCAUAAAAGAAACUUGCUACAAAAAAAUUAAAACAAAACAACAACGUUUAAUUUUAAUUUUUUUUGUAGCUGACAAUGGACGAAAUUUGAGCAAUAUGAAAGCAACGGAUCAUUUACAAUCAAAUCUCGAAAUUGUUCCAACAGCACAAUUCAGAAUUCUGAAGGAUGAAACAUUUAUAAUUCAAAAACCGAUCAAACUUCAAACCACUAUGUCAAUUCAGAAAUCCUCGAUCGCGGAUAUUCAGAAAAUUCUACGCUGCAAUGCAACAAAGGAUAGCAGCUUAUCACUACUGACAGAUGCCAUUCAUCCUACCUGGAUUAUCAGACGUCAUUUCACUCAAAAUAACAAUAAACAACCUGAAUCAAAAUUUGAAAUAUCAACGCCAGUAAAGAUUGAUAAUUGGACAGCAGCAAAUGCUAAACGUGUGGAAGCAAAUCGAAAAUUAUUGCAACAACAAAUUCCAUAUAAAUCACCUACCGCAUCUGCCACUUUCAGAGAAACAAUUGAAGAAUAUGAGAGAAUAAUUGGAAUGCAUCAACAACAACAUCAAAAUGUAGCUUCUAAUGGUGAAAAUACACGGAAGCAUGGUACUUCAUCAAAUGGUACUUCCUACAAUAAAGCAUCUGAAAAAUCCAUGGAAAUGAUCGAAGAGCAAUAUGAAAAUGAGAAAUUGAAAAAAACUGUGAAAUAUAAAGGUGGCAAGAAUAUUGAACAAACAGCGCCAAUAUCCGAAAGCCAAGACAAAUACGAUGAUGAUGAUGAUCAUAUUCAGAAUAAAACGACUAUUAAUAAGCAAACAGAACCGGACAGCCAUCAAAGUUAUACAAUCAAAAAAGAACGAGAAGAUAUGCCACGGGAAACUUAUUAUCAAGCAACAAUUGUUCGUAAUGUUUUUGAGGGAAAGCCAACUUUAAUUUCUUCAUCGAACAGCACUGAAACACUUUCUUCUAAUACCGAAUAUUCUCUCACUAAUAAUGAUGACAAUGUGAAACGACAAAUAUGCGACAUUAAAGUCAAUAAAAAUACACAAAUCAUAGAUCCAUCAACGACAACUCUUUCAUACGACAAGCUUUCAAAUGACAAUGGGCAAAUUAGCCGAAGAAUGGCCAGAAGCAAAUACGAUCGCCAAAAAAGAUGUAUAAUUAAUGGAAAUGAAAAGGACAAUUCUGUCAACAAUGUUACAUCAAAACUUCCAUUUCAUUCCCAACAAUCUACGCCUCUGAAAAUUGCCGCAAAUGUUACACUAAAUACGAAACAAACGCCAAUACGAACUUUGCUCUCACGUAAGAAUAAGAAUGAGAAGGAGGAGAUGAAGGAUGAGGAGAAAGAAGAUGAAUAUGAUCUAUCUGAAGGGGAGCAUCAACCAGAUUGGGUCACAAGUUCAUUCAGGCUUGGUUCAAUACGACGAAAAAAGAAUGAAAAGAAUAUGGCAAUGCAACGUAUCCAAAAAGAAAUUGAACUUGAGAAAGAACGAUAUCGUGAAAUGAUAAAGAUGAGGAGAAAUAAUAAAAUAACUUUGUUUUAA